UCCAAGAAUGCAAAUGAGUUUACUCUUCAGUUUGAGGUGUUCCUCUGUGAAAGGUAAGGAGGGUUGGAAGGGAGGGGACAGCCCGUCAAUUUCUUCUAAGCUGGGUGUGACCAAAAACUAUUUUAAACAAAGAGCAUUCCUGUGUGCCUGUGCCACGGCACUGCUGUCAUGUUGUCACUUUUCCACUGCGGCCGACACAACGUGGAGUGAUUCACCUGAACCGACGCUGAACCGCUCAGAGAGAUCGGCAGGAUGAGUGGGACGUUUAGCGAGUGGUUCUGGUGGGACCGCCUCUGGCUGCCGGGCAACCUGACAUGGGCGGAUCUUGAGGACAAUGAUGAGUUCAUCUCCGCUAAACCAUCCCACCUCUACGUCACCGUACCUUUAGCCUUAAUCUUCCUCGUAGUCAGAUACCUCUUUGAAAGGUUAAUAGCGACACCGGUUGCAGCCUUUCUUGGGGUGACAGAGAAGACCAGACGUAAAGUGGAGCACAAUGCUAUUCUAGAGCGCUCCUUUACCACAAACACAAAAAACCCAGGACAGGCGGAGAUAGACGGACUGUCUAAAAAAUGCAGCUGGUCAAGCAUGAAAGUGGAGCGCUGGUUCAGGAGGAGACGGAACCAGGACCGGCCUGGAGUGCUUAAAAAAUUCAGAGAGGCCAGUUGGCGAUUGGCCUUCUACCUGGGGUCAUUUAUCAGUGGGAUUAUAGCGCUUCAUGAUAAACCCUGGUUUUAUGAUUUGCGAAAAAUAUGGAUUGGCUAUCCCAAACAGUCUUUGUUGGACUCUCAGUACUGGUAUUAUGUUUUGGUGAUUAGUUUCUAUUUGUCGCUAGUGCUCAGCAUCACCUUUGAUGUCAAGCGAAAGGACUUCAGAGAGCAGAUCAUCCACCAUUGGGCCACAUUGACACUCUUAGCUUUCUCCUGGUGUGGGAAUUACAUCCGAAUCGGGACAAUCGUUUUGCUUAUUCAUGAUGCCUCUGACAUCCUUUUGGAGUCUGCCAAGAUCUUCAACUACGCAAAGUGGGAAAGAUUCUGCAAUGGCAUCUUUGUCGUAUUUGCUUUCGUUUUCAUGGUGACACGAAUCAUAUUCUUUCCAUUUUGGAUCAUUCACUGCACGUGGGUCUAUCCAAACGAACAUUACGUUCCAUUUUUUGGAUAUUACUUUUUUAACGCCGUGCUCGUCAUUCUUCUACUGCUGCACAUAUUCUGGUGGUGUCUGAUCCUGCGCAUGGUGAAGAAGUUCCUCUUCGGAAGUCUGUUAACCGAAGACGAGAGAAGCGACAAUGAAGAGGAUGAGGGUGAAGAUGAAGAUGGAGAAACCCUUUCGACAGAGGGAAAAGAUGGACACGUGAAAGUCACAAAUGGUGGACGAGAAGGAGGCGUGGCUAAACGUCAUUGACGCUUCUUGUCCUCGAGACUUCCUGAAGAAAACGUGGACGACUUUGAAUUGCACUCAGGGAUGCAUGGAGCUUUGACUUCCACCCUGGGGUGUUAGACAAACAGACUCGCUGACAGUAAAACACGCUUUUAAUUUAUUGCCACAUAGAGAAUAUGCCAGAGAGCUGUCAAAACAAAUUGCAUCCUUUCAUAACUCAAAAAAAGGGAAAAAAAAGAAAACAGCUUUUCCUCUUCAGUGGAGAUGAGGCUUUAUGUGUCUUGGCCACUUUUCUGCAGCCAAACUUUUAUACGUAACUAAUAACAGUGUUCGCUAUGGCACGGGAUUACACGGAUAAGUGCAGUAAAAGCACCAACCUGAAAAAAAUAGUCUUGCUAAGUUUCAUAGAUUCCUCGCUGUUGAAGCUCAGGGUUCACGUCACACCAACUGCUCUCGUCUUUCACGGGCCGUUUGCCAUAGUGUCGUGUCGUGAAGUGCUAAUGCAGUGAAAUCUAGAGCCGGUGACUUGAUCUUUCACCUUAUACUGUCUUUCUUAAACUGUCGUUCUGCGUCACAGGUAGAUUCUCAUUCCACACUUUUAAAGGGAGAGGCAAAAAUGGUUUAGUCACCAAAAGUAAAAGAGGAGAUCCGCUUACAGCAAGCUUUGCAAUGGAUGCGUCCAGUAUUGACAGCUUCGGGAACAUUUAGGUUUGAUGUGUCUGAUACAAACAGGGUGUUAUAGAUUUUAGCUUAUUGUGUGUGUGUGUGUCUGUGUGUGUGUAUAACAAACUAACGUACAUAUGUGAAGAAUAUUGAAUGUAUAUUGGGAAUGUUUCAAAUGUUUAAUGACACUUUAUGAACGUGAAAUCGCUGGUUUGACAUUGAUAUCCGUCUGUGACUGAUAAAUGUAUGAGUGAAUGAAUUUGAUCAGAGAAAACAUUGAACAGUGCAUUUUAGAGAGACUCACAAAUGAGCAAAUAUGGCUUUGAGAAUUGUUGUCCAAUAAAUGAAGUGUGUGAAGGAUAUAUUUUUUGGAUUUUGUUCUAAUAAAAAAUUUUAUCCAAUA